AAUGGUCGUCAAAUUGCUUACGUGCUCAGGCGAGGUGAAGCGUGGAAGUGAAGCGUGCUCGUCGCCCGGCCAUUCGCCCAACCACCGCAUUUGAGGCCCAGAUGUCUUUCCUUUUGCUCCCUCGAAUGCUCAUCCUCGAUGCCUCUGUUCCACGCGAAUGCGUGCCCUCUGCCCACCAGAAUCGGGGACCCCCAAAGCGCUAAGCAUUUCGGUCCCGCAAAAAUGGAUGCAAGGCAGCGCAGAUGCCGAGUCCCAAGAUGUCUUGGGAGGCCAUCAUCAAGAAGGGAGAAAAUUGUUCGGAACUGGGCACAAGCCGCCUUCUCUCUUCUCCUCCACUUCUCACGGUUCCCUCCCGCUCCGCACCCGCGUCCCAAGAAGUUGUUGCACAGACAAACCCUCUAAAGUUUCGAAACAUCGAAAAGGAGAAGCAGCCAGACCAAGGAAGAUUACCGAGUCUCAUCCAUCCCUGAUCCAAGAGCAUCCAAGUCCCGAGCACACUUCUCUCCGUCAAAUCUCCUUCAGCCUGAUGUUUCUCUCAAUCCGUGGCCUUCGCUGCAUCCGCGUAGAUUCUGUAACACCAAUACUCUUUUUGAGUCUUUCCCAUUACCACGGAACCUCCGCUACACGAGUGACCGCCCAGCCAUGAGAGUCUCACAAAACGCUCGGCUGAUUGUCUGAGAAUACUCAAUGAAUUGAUUAUUGGGACGUUGGGACGCUUAGCUAAUCUUUGCAGGAGCUUUCCGCACUGCACUGCAUUACUGUCC